CUAAUUCUAGCCACAAUUCUUGUUUGUAGCAUUCAAGAGCGCACAUGCCAGAUUUUGGUCUCAAGUAUUUCAUUUUGCAGCAGAGAGUUAUCCAUCUGUAUCGUCAUGCUAUAAGAGCGUCCAAAUACAUACCUGACCCACAGGCAAGGUCGGAGACCAUCGCCUGGUUUCGUAGUGAAUUCGAACGCAAUAAAUGGCUGACAGACGUGGUUGUCAUAGAGGAAAAAAUUACUAUAGCUCGUCGAGAAAUCCGGCAAAUACUUCCAACAUCACAGCCUCAUGCCCUAUAGGCUAUAUCAUCGUCAUAACAGCACUGUUGUGAUGGCAAGGCUCCUAGAGUCUUCAAGGACGCGGAAGUCUUCUUCGUUGCAAGCAGCAGUAUCAUGCAUACAGUGACGAUUCCGGUCAGGACAAGAAGGAUCAGAUACGAACUGUCCGCACUCUUCUCAUCCAUCAGGACGGGUGUCAAAAACGAUUUGAAAACACCACAUCCUCAUCGCAAAUCACACAAUGAAGGUGUAUUGUUUAUCAACCCUCGUUCAUAUCGUAACAAGAGGCGAACAUUAACAGUAGCGCGAUA